AUUAGUGACAACUGAUAGCAAUAAACACUCGACACAUAAAUGUGUUAUUGAAUUGAAAAACAUUUUUGAAUGACUUUUUGCUUUUUAGUUGAUAUAAAAAAAUCAUUUGAAAUAUCAAUCAAUUGAUUGUCUUUCAAAACAUAUUGUGUUUUUGGUGUCAACUGUUUUCGUGUAUUGUUUACCAUCUGAUUGAUUGUGUCUUCAUUAUCAUCGACGUCGAGAACACCAGAAAUGUCGGUAAAGACAUACAAAUUUAAGGUUGAGAUGACCUGCGAGUCGUGCGCUAAUGCAGUCAAACGAUGUCUGACCAAAGCGUUCGGCGAUCAACUCAAACAAGUGGACACCGAUGUGGCCACACAAGCGGUUGUCGUUCAUCUCGACAAUAGUGGCCAACAGUUUACCGACGAUCAGGUGCUCGAAGCCGUCAAAAAGUCUGGCAAAACUGUCACCCGAGUCGACUAAUCAAUGGAUAACUAACUAAUCAAUUGAUUAUUAAUUUUUAUUUAAUAAUUGAUAUCUAAAUCAAAAUGUGAUUUAUAUUUUGAAUCUUUAUUUUUAUUGUUUAAAUUUAUUUAUAGUCUUAACUAUUCAAUUGAUUUAAACAUAUUUUUUUUGUUAAUUUAAAUUUGUUUUAUUUUGUCUUAAAUUAAUUGCCCGAUAAUUAAU